UCUCCUGCUGCUCAGGACAGGACAGAGAUAUCAGAAAGCUUUCAACUGUGUGAGUUACCCAACUGAGGCAGGUGAACUGGUUCCAGAGGAAAACUGAACUAAGCCUUGAGAUAAAGAUGCCUGAGACAGCAGAAGCAGUGUCUGUGACCCUGACCACCAACCGCAACUGCACCAUUGAAAUCACCAAUGUUUCCAGCACCCACUGUCUGAUCAACCCCAAGGUGUACAUGUCCAGUGGCUACUGCUUCCACCCACCCCAGCCCACUGUGCGCACCACCAAGACUGAGGUCUGCUCCUUCACCAAGGAUGAUGACACGGCCACAGGCAGCGUGGGGGUGCUGACCUAUGACCUCUUUGAGAUGCACAGCCGUAUCUGCACAGAGCGCAUGGCCAUCAUGUUCUCUGUGCCCUUCGACUACAACAUCUACAAGAACUGGCUGGCAGUGGGGAUCUUUGAACACACGCGAGAGUGCGACAAGCACCUCUAUAAGCACAUGUACAAUGAAAAGGACUUCACCAACUUCGCCCGCUCUGAGGCCAAUGGCAACGGGGUCGAGCACAAGGGCAAAGUGGUCCAUCUGAGAGCCACCAUGUCCAACGUGGGAAAGGCAAUCAUUAAGGUAGAGGUGUAUGACAAGAUGGGCCAAUAGAUGACUUUGUUAAAAAGAGGGAAAACCCCUAAAUACUAAUUACCAUCACUUUAUCACCUUUUAAAGCUGGGCCUUAAAACUGUCAGAAGAGUCACCGCUGAUCUGUAUAUUGAUGGUCACAGAAGCAAAUAAGACCAAAAUGCGGACAAUUCAGACAGGAGGUUUCCAGCACGAUAAUUUUCCACUCAUAUAUGAGAUACACUUAAAUACUGCAAAAGGUAGACACUUUUGCUACCACUGUAAUUUUAGCAUAAUAAUCAUAGAAGGUUGCUUAUAACUUGUAUGAAAACUGAAAGAAUUCCUUGCUGUCAGUUGUGUUCAAUAUACUGUCAAUAA